UUAAAAACAAAACCCUAGUCAGAGGGAGUCACAAGAGCUCUGCGAAAGCUAUUUCCUUGAGCGCUCCAAUGGCGACGGAAGCACCAGAUCAGACCCCAACCGAAGCAGUGGAAUCGCUGUCCAUUUCCAAUUCACAGACGGAAGAGGAACCUUCGAGCUCCUCUAAUCGAUCAAAUCUAAUGAGUUUGGAGGAGAAAUACCAGAUUGUGAGGAGCAUAGGAGAGGAGUGCAUCCAAGAGGAUGAGCUUCUGAAUCUUCUGGAGAAAAAGCCUGAGCCCGUCUGCUACGAUGGAUUCGAACCCUCUGGUCGAAUGCACAUCGCUCAGGGAGUUUUGAAGGCCAUAAAUGUAAAUAAGUUGACAUCUGCCGGGUGCAGAGUGAAAAUAUGGAUUGCAGAUUGGUUUGCUCAGCUGAACAAUAAAAUGGGAGGUGACCUAAAGAAAAUUGAAGUUGUGGGCCGCUACUUCAUUGAGAUUUGGAAAGCUGCUGGGAUGGACCUAGAAGGGGGCAAAGUUGAGUUUUUAUGGUCGUCAAAGGAGAUCAAUUCAAGAGCACAUGAGUACUGGCCCCUUGUAAUGGAUAUAGCUCGUAGGAAUAAACUUCCGAGGAUAAUGAGAUGCUGUCAAAUUAUGGGACGAAGUGAGCAAGAUGAGCUGACUGCAGCCCAAAUUCUCUACCCAUGCAUGCAAUGUGCUGAUAUAUUCUUCCUGAAGGCGGACAUCUGCCAAUUAGGAAUGGACCAGCGGAAAGUUAAUGUACUUGCAAGAGAGUAUUGUGAUGACAUUAAGAGGAAGAACAAGCCUAUUAUCCUGUCUCACCACAUGUUACCUGGUUUGCAACAAGGGCAGGAGAAGAUGUCCAAAAGUGAUCCUUCGUCCUCCAUUUUUAUGGAAGAUGAUGAGGCCGAAGUGAAUUUGAAGAUUAAGAAAGCUUACUGCCCUCCGAAGGUUGUGGAAGGGAAUCCAUGCUUGGAGUACAUAAAGCACCUUGUUCUACCUUGGUUUAAACAAUUUGUUGUAGAGCGCAGUGCAGAUAACGGUGGAGAUAAGACCUUCAGAAGCUUUGAAGAAUUGAUUGCUGACUAUGAAAGUGGGGAGCUACAUCCAGCUGACCUCAAACCGGCUUUAUCGAAGGCUUUGAAUAAAAUACUGGGGCCUGUGCGGGAACACUUCAGAACAGACAGCAAUGCGAAAGAUCUUUUAAAAAGGGUCAAGGCUUUCAGAGUCACCAAGUGAUGAACAAUGGAUCAAGGCGUUUAAUAUCUUCACCGCUUUCACUUGUUCCAAUUGGCGGUGGAAACUCUUGUAAUUUUAUUUUUCUUUUUUUAAUCAUGGUAUACUUUCCCCGAGAAGAAUUAACUUGUUUAAUUAUUUUUCAAACUAAACCUUUUUUCCCCAACAAACCUGUUGGUAUUUUUCGUUUGAGGUGAUAUUUUUUUGGAAGUAUUUGGUCAUUACCAUUACAAUAAGUUGUCUUUAUUCUCUCAAA